CAUCGCCCGUGGAGCGCUGGAAGGAUGCCUUUGGUCAAUGGGUUGGUGCCCUCCCGAUUCCUGACCCUCACAGCCCACCUCGUCAUUGUUAUCACCCUCUUCUGGUCCAGGGAAAACAAUGUCAGAGCUUCCCUGCCUUUGCAGUGCACCCAGCAGGACUAUGAGAAACAGGACACAGAGAUGGUGGUGGCCUUAUCCGUGACUCUGGGGCUCUUUGCUGUUGAGCUGGCCGGCUUCCUUUCUGGCGUGUCCAUGUUCAAUAACGUUCAAAGCCUCCUCUCCACCGUGGCGCAUGCGUCCGCAGCCGUCGCAUUGCUCUUCUUCCUCUUUGAACAGUGGGAUGGCAGCCAGUACUGGUGGAUCUUUGCUUUCUGCAGUGCCUUACCUGCUGCCGUUGAGGUGCUCCUUUUCAUCUUGGUCUUCGGGCUGAAGAAGAAGCCCCUGUGAGGGACUGUGCCUGUGAAAGCGAGCAUGCCCCCAGAAGAAAGGGAA